AUUCGCGUUGAAAAUAAGCACAAACUUAGGAUACCCGUGACGGAUAUCAUGCAGCACUGUGAAUAUUCCGUGGAGGGUGACAAGCGAGGCGCCGCUCGACAUCCGCUGGCGCAGCCCUGACGGGCGGGCAUCGCCCUAGUUGCCCCUUCGCAUCGAACGGUUGCGUAGUAGCGAUCGCGAGCCCUAGCCAUAGAACCCUGUUAUUAUUUCAACUCUGUGUCUAAAUUUGUUUCUAAUCGAUAUUUUCUUUGUCUGAUUGUGAUUCGUGCGAGUGUUUGGUUUGGAUUCAUAAUAUAGUGCAAAGCAAUAUUUUACGGACUUGAAAAUGGAAGAUUCCUAUAUAAUAGCUAAUUUCCACACGCUGUGUCGCUUGUGUUUGAACAAGAGCUCUCUGAUGGUGUCGAUUUUCGGAGCCGCACCUGAUGAUGAAACCAAUUCGGCGCUAACCUCGAAAAUCGCUGAAUUUGCCGAACUUCAGAUGGACCCUAAUGAUGGCCUACCUGGAAGAAUCUGCUACAAAUGCUUGUUUAAAGUAGAUAUAUGUUCCAAAUUUCGCUUUCAAUGUAUCCAGAAUGAGACAAGACUGAGACAGAUCACAAAUAGAGUGAAUGAACAAGAGAAUUCAAAUUCUUCGGAGAUGUCCAAUUUCUACCCCACCACCCAAGAUAUGAACAAACAAGAUUACAUUGUAGAAGACAGUGUUGUCAUGGUGGUAGAUCCAAGCCUAGACUAUGAUUCCUCAGAGGAGUCUGACAACGCAGAUCAACCCGAUGCAGAUGCCACUGAACGAAACAACACCCCUGACGGAGACCAUAUGCCAGAGUCAUUCUUCAAAAAUGUUGCCAUGUGUCAGUAUUGUGAUCAAGCUUUUAUUUCUCAAGAUAAGUGUAAAGAACAUGAGGUUACUUGCCAUGAUCCUAACCUGCCAUUUAAGUGUAUAGAAUGUAGCUUAGUCUUCCCUGAGCGAAACCAAUAUGUCCAGCAUAUCAAGCAAGUACAUGGCACUGACAAGCCUUAUCACUGCCCGGAGUGUGACAAGUCCUUUGGCCGCAGAUCAGAUUUAAGGAAGCAUUCAAUAGUUCAUACUGGCAUCAGGCCAUUUCAGUGCCAGUAUUGUCUCAAAAGCUUCUCUCGUAACACAAAUCUAAGCAAACAUCUCAGGAUACAUGCAGGCACCAAGCCACAUGUAUGCCCUUUAUGUCCAAGAAGCUUCGUAUGCCGCAAUGACUUACAGCGUCAUGUCCUAGUCCAUUCCGGUAUGAAACCAUAUGCGUGCCGAAAGUGCCCUUUGACAUUUGGUAGAAGAGAUAAACUAAUCAAACAUGAAGUCAGACAUGGUCCUCUGAGUCCCAACCAAGUGCAUGAAAUAGAUAAUGACCAGGAGACACAUGAUAUGGUAGUCAACGUCAACCCUUAUAGCAACUUACUGACUUCUCCCACCCACCAAGGUGCUGAUUAUGAUCUCCCUCGAGUGCCAGACCACAUUUCCGGUGUUAGUAGUUUUAUAAAUCAAAUACAUAAAACUCCUUCCACUUCAGGAAAGCUAACAACGUCUCCACCGAAACCAAAACCAGUAGCAAAUAAAAACAGGCCUAAAAAUAUAAAAUGUCACCAAUGUCCAAAAAAGCUAUCCUCAUUAGAUGCAUAUAAGACUCAUGUUUCAAUAGCACACAUUGGAAACAGAGGAUUCCAAUGCAAAAUAUGCUUCAAGAAAUUUUCUCGCAAGAGAGAGCUGGACCGACAUGUGACCCUUCACUCUGGAAUGAAGCCUUUCUCGUGCGGUCAAUGUGAUAAGAAAUUCAACAGGAAAGACAAACUGAAUAAACAUGAGGAAACUCAUGAAUGCCUGGUUGUAAACAUGCCUUGUAUUGAAUGUGGGCUCACUUUUGAGAAGAAAGCUGACUUAGUAGCCCACAUUAAAUCUCACUUUACUGACAAUUUUGAUGACAAGCCUGAGAUAAAGAAGGAGGAUGAGCCCGAGUUCCCAAUAGAUGACAACUAUUAUGACCUGGAGACCUGAGAUCAGGAGUUUAACAUUGAUAACUUUUCAUUGAUUAUUUGAAUUGUGGCACUGCUAAUCUAUAAACACCACUGUCCUUAGAUAAGAUAAGAAUGUUUCAAUCCGUGUAAUUCCGAAUCAUAUAUGUAUUGGAUAAUUUACUGUAAGAUGAACAAUAUAGAUAGACCUAUUGUUGUAACUGUUAAAUUUUAAAGAGUUCUAAAUGUGAUUAUUAUAAAUAGUAUUUUAACUUAUAUGGAAGUAUCACAAUACAGAGCCAAUUCAUAACGUGGAUCUAGGGUACAGUCGCCAUCAGAUAUAUCGGAGCGGCCAAGGUGUUCACAAUAUCUGAACACGCGCUCUAACGCCCUGACAAUAAAUAAAUAAAUAAUAAAUAAAUAUUAGGGGACAUCUUACACAGAUCAAACCUAGCCCCAAACUAAGCAAAGCUUGUACUAUGGGUACUAGGCGACGAUAUACAUACUUGUAUAGAUAAAUACAUACUUAUAUACAUAGAAAACAACCAUGACUCAGGAACAAAUAGAACAAUAGAGGCGUGUUCCGAUAUUUGUGAGCACCUUGGCCGCUCCGAUAUAUCUGAUGGCGACUGUACAUUAUCAACAUAUUAAUACAAGUAGUAUAACUAAAUGUGGUUACUACAGAAUGUUUAUUAAUACUUUAGAACAAUCUCCAUUUUAAACUAUCAGAAAUAAUUUAUGUUGGUAUUUUAUCUUUAAGAAAUAAAUUAUUAUAGUCAUAUUAGUAUUUAGAUACAUGUCUGGAGUUGCUGCUCCCUAAAAACUUAUUCUGUUACUACAUUACAUAUACAUGAUUGUUAUUACGAAUUAUAUGCACCAACUACAAUUAUGCAAAUAAAAAUCAAGCCAUUACUUUGAUAAUACUUCAUGAUAAGUAACAAAAUACACUAAUGUAUUAUUUUAUGUGAUGGAACAAUUACCUCUAUAACGUAGGUAAUAAUGUAUGACGUCAUUAAAUCAUGCACAGUGCAUUUUUACAACAUUAAUAUAAUAAUCUACAAUCACGUCAAUAUUCAUCACAAGGUGUACGGAAACGUUUUAAUUAAGUAGUACACAUUACGACACAAGUGCGAAAAAUAGGAAAUUCGUAACGAGUGGCGAUAAAUUAAAACACGACCAAAGGGAGUAUUUUAAAUGAACACGAGUUCCGAAUUACCCAUUCACACAUGUAUCGUACGUUUGACAGUACAUAUGGCCCAUUAAAUUUUCGACAUAGUUAUGUGCUAAUUAUCGCACUAGUGCGGUAAAGUAGCACCAUAUGUACCUACUGUAAAAGUGCAUUACGAUACAGGUGCGAAAAGUAGGACAUCCGCAACGAGGGGCGCGAGUUGCGAAUUACCUUUUCGCACGUGUAUAGUACAACGUUUUACAGUACAUAUGGCCCUUUAAAUUUUCCACAAACGCACGUAUAGUGUUAGUUACCGCACUACGGCGGUAAAUUAGCACCAGAUGUACUGUAGCACUUAUGAACCCUGCAUUGCAACGUUAUUAAUAAUAACUGUGCUGAUCAGAUUUCAAAAAUGUAUUUUCUAUGCCUACUUAUUCUGUAAAGGCAAAGGUACCUAUUAGGUAACCUUUAUAAAAACUAUUGCAUGUACCUAAUUAAAGUACUUCCAUUAUGUGUAAAAAUGAUUCAUACUGGCCGUUUCCCGUCCACAUUAAUAGUUUAUUAUUAUUUGAGUUUUAUUUAGAAUCAAUGUAGAUGAACCUCACCUUUGGUCCUUCCUGGAACAGCAGGGAUCAUUUUAUUAUAACAUUUUAGUUGUAUUUUAUUAUCUGAUUUUAUAUUUUCUAAUUUCUAUUCCUAUUAGUGUUAACUAGAAAGUGAGAAUUGUUUUUCCCAUUUUUUUACCUGCAGAAGCAAAGGAGUGACAGUUCCCACCAGAGGGCCUACUACCUCGAAAAACGUAAAUCUAAAUUUCGUUAUCUGCCUCUGUCGCUCGAAUACGCAGGAGCGGUAGUGAGGCAGAUAUCAAUUUUUUGAUAUUGGCGGAUGGCCCUCUAGAGCUACCGCGAAUAUAAAUUGGGCCGCCCGAUAUAACCGAGUGGCCACUGCGAUGCAGAAGAUGCAGUUAUGUUUAUUAUUAUCAUACAUUGUUCACAUAUUUCUCUUUGCGCAAUAAAUGCUGUCGCAUAAUAA